UUAACGGUUUUUUCCCUCUCAAAUCCUUCUCUCAAUGAAAGAACAAGUCGACCAAGUGUUUGUGAAAAUGCCCCGACGAAAUUCCACAAACAGAGAACAACCCACCACUUCUUUCCGAAGAUCUCCGAGACUCCUUCCAAAGCAUCGAUCUUCACCACCUCAUCUUCCUUCGCUCAACUCAGCACAAAAGGGUUCUCUGACGAAAACCCAGAAUCUUUUCCUAGAACAUGUUUUAAAGAAGGUCGAUGAAUCAGACUGUCGAUCGAAGAUUUUUGAGAAAUCAAACACUGGGUCUAGAAGAUUUGCAAUAUUGGUUGGUGGGGUUAACCAAGUUGCUGGUAAUAGAGAGAAGAUUGCGACACGAAGUUCGAGUCAGGGAAACCACCCCAAUGAAGGUGUGGAAAGGAUUUGCGAAGAUAAGUGUAAUGGGUUUAUCAAGAGUCCACGAAGUGAGGAUUCUGAGAAUGAGGUUGUAUCAGAUAUAGAAAGAGAUGAAGCGGGUGCUGCUAAGUCAUGUAAAAAGAGGAAGAGAAAUCGAGUUGAGGAAGGUCAUGGAAUUGUUCAAUGUUGGACUAAGGAUCAAGAAUUGGCCUUGCAGAGAGCUUAUUUUAGUGCGAUUCCCACACCCCAUUUCUGGAAGAAAGUUGCUAACCUGGUACCUGGAAAGUUUGCAAAGGAUUGUUUUAAUAAAGUGCAUUCUGACCAUUUGACACCACCUCAACCUCGAACACGUUCGAGGAUGAGCAAUACAAAUUCAUCAUUCAUGUCUCUCUCGGCAAGUACAUUGCUUAAAUCUUCAGAGUCAAAGACAAAAGGGCCAAGUGGCCAUAAACUUAAGAGUCAUCUUGUGCAGAAGACUGUGCGACAAUUACUACAAAAGCAUUAUAAUGUGGACCAAGAUUUUGAUGCUGAUUUAUUCUCUGUUCUUGAGUCCACUUUUGAUCCAUCAACUCAAGAUUUCCCGCAGGGUGUAAAAUUUUCAACUCGAACAUGUGAACAAGAAAAGCCUGGAUAUAUUAAGAAAUGCCUUGAGAGAUCCCAUUCAGCUUGUAAGAAGCACCUUUCACAACUCAGUAAUGUUAGGGAAAAUAUAUAUACCACAACAAGUAGCUCGUAUGGAGCAACUCUUGCGAGCCCCCCAGUCCUAAAGGAGGUUAAAAAUAAGGCUUUACAUGAGAAAUAUAUCGAUCAGUUACAUUGCAGGGAAGCUAAGAGAAAGGCAGCAUCAGCACGGGCAGUACUCAAAUCCAUUCCAGGGAAAGAUGAUAGAAAGGAGAGCUAUAUCCAGAAAGUGGAUGUUAUUAAAGCUGCAAAAAAUGCUUUGGCUUUUGAUGCAAAAGAUGUUAUCAAUCAAUUCCAAACAUUAAAGUCUAAUGCUACAAGUAAUUUUUCAGAUUUUGAUGAUGAUUGCGUUGAUGGGGAUGACGAUGAAGGUGAAAAGGAACCUUAAAAAUUCCUUUUUCCAUUCAUUGACUUGUAUUAGUAUCUGUUGAGAUAAUGCUUUUUAUUUUUUUUGUUGAAGCCGUAUCUGUAACUGGUGAUCUGCAAGCUUUGCAGUGUAGCAACCUAUUGUUUUGCAAUCAUGAUUCUGUGAAUAUGUAGCCGUAGCAAUUCCUGCUUAUGGCAAUUUUAUU